AUGGAGUCAUGGCCGCCUGGCGGCUCUGGGCCCGCGGAGGCCGGGCCUCGCCUGCGCGGCUUGCGCGGCGCCGACCUCGCGGCCUCGGCCUCCUUGCUGAGCGGGGCCGGGGCCGGGGCCGAAGCCGGGUGCAGCGCGCCGGCCGUGGCGGCCGUUUUGCCGGCGGGGGGGAGCGGGGAGAGGAUGGGCGUCCCCACCCCGAAGCAGUUCUGCCCCAUCCUGGAGAGGCCGCUCAUCAGCUACACCCUGCAGGCCCUGGAGAGAGUAUCUUGGAUAAAGGACAUUGUUGUGGCAGUAACUGGAGAGAACAUGGAAGCAAUGAAGUGUAUUAUUCAGAGGUACCAGCAUAAAGGCAUCUCUCUGGUUGAAUCUGGAGUGACCCGCCACAGGUCAAUUUUCAAUGGACUAAAAGCACUGGCAGAGGAUCAGCCCAACUGUAGACUCUCAAAGCCAGAAGUAGUGAUUAUCCAUGAUGCUGUGAGACCAUUUGUUGAGGAAGAUGUCCUCCUUAAAGUUGUCACAGCUGCUAAGGAACAUGGGGCUGCAGGAGCAAUCCGACCUCUUGUAUCUACUGUCAUCAGUCCAUCUGUAGAUGGCUGUUUAGACCACUCACUGGAACGUGCAAGACACAGGGCAAGUGAAAUGCCACAGGCCUUUCUAUUUGAUGUGAUCUAUGAAGCGUAUCAGCAGUGUAGUGACUAUGACUUGGAAUUUGGAACUGAGUGUUUGCAUUUGGCUCUAAAAUACUGUCACAUCAAAGCCAAACUUAUAGAAGGAUCUCCUGACCUCUGGAAGGUGACCUACAAACGAGAUCUGUAUGCAGCUGAAUCGAUUAUUAAGGAAAGAAUUUCACAACAAAUUUGUGUAGUUAUGGACGCAAAAGAAGAUGAAGAACAUGUAGGUCAUCGUCUUGAAGAAAUGCUAAAAAAUGAAUUAAAUCAUGUAAAAGUCACAUCUGGCAGAGAUCUUCAGCAAAUCAUCUUAGAGCAAUGCUACAAUUUUGUUUGUGUGAAUGUUAUGACCUCUGAUUUUGAAGAAACCCAGAAAUUACUGAAUAUGCUUGAAGAGAGUAAUCUUUCCAUUUUAUAUCCUGUUGUUGUUAUUUCAGUGCAAUUUCUUGAUUAUGAAUCAGUACCAUUUGGUCAGAAAAUGGAAAACCUAAUGCAGAUUAGAGAAUUUGCCAAGGAAGUGAAAAAGACAAAUAUUUUAUUAUAUGGCCUUCUCGUAUAUUACCCACAGGAUGAACAGAAGCUACAGGAAAGUUUAAGGCAAGGUGCCACCAUUAUUGCUGCCUUAAUCAAAGAAAGAAAUUCCGGACUCAUUGGUCAACUACUGGUAGCAUAAAGAACAUGAAGAAAAUUACCUGCUGUGUUCUUAGAAACAUUUACCUAAUUUCCAUACGAGGAAUAUAUGUCCACUUCAUGACUUUGGGAUUCAUCCUGUGACCUGCUUUGACCAACAGAGUGAGUCACAAGUGGCAGUGCACCGCUGAGACUACGCUUAAGAGACCUUGCAUGUUGCUGCUUGCUCUCUCCCACUUCUGCCACCACCACGAUGUACACACUCCGCCUGGCCUGCUGCCUCCAAAAGGAAAACAAGAGCCGGGAUCACCUGACCUCCAGCUAAUUAACAAAUGGAUGCAGAAGCCCAGCUGAGAUCAGCAGGGUCUCCAGCAGACAGGAACUGCAGUAGAAACUGGUACAUAGUGUCGGGUUGAGUUUCCUGAUUGUGGCAGGAGUGGCCAAGGCCUGAUGGGUCCUCUCUGCAGUGGUUGGGAGUCAGUCCUCCAGGCCCACUUGGAGCCUCCUCUGCUGCCUUGCCCAGAUUGGCCCUCAACGGGGGACUGAGUUUUGAUCACUGAAUGGGACUAGACCUUCUGAUUGAGCUAUAUUUGAAGACUCAAGGUGAGGUAGGUGGUAUCUCCCCCUUUGGCAGAUGAGGAGCCUAACGCACUGGAAAUUUAAAGGAUUUGGCCAAAGUCACAUAGGACUAGUGUCCUUAUGAGAAGAGGAGGAGAUUAUAGGAAUACAUGUGCACAGAGGAAAGGCCAUGUGAGAACACAGCAAGAAGGCAGCCAUCUGUAAGCCAAGCAGAGAGGCCUCAGGAGAAAUCAACUCUGCCACCCCCUUGAUCUUGGACUUGCAGCCUGCAGAACUUGUUUCUGGAAGAGAUUAGCGUUUCAAUCAGUAGGCUGUGUAAAGAAGAUCCACCCUCACCAGUAUGGAUGGGCAGUAGAAGGGUGAAUUCUCUCUUUCCUUGAGCUGAGAUGUCCAUCUUCUCUACUUGGAGAAUUUUUUUAAAAGGUCAAUAGUAGGACAUCACAAUUUUAUACACUGAUUUGUGUUCCCCAUAGCAAAGUCUUGCUUUUUUUUUCAACUGAAGUAUAAUUGACACACAGCAUUCUAUUAGUUUCAGGUCUCCAAAGGGAGGAAUGCUUCCAUCAGUAAACACAGCAUUGGAAGGGAAGAUGGCCAGCUGACCACUUUGGGCUCCUCAUACCUCGGAAUCAACAGGCAAAUAAGGGAGUUACUACGUUGGCUAGGGGGACUGAUCCUGACUGCCAAAGGGAAAUUGGACUGCUACUAUAAAAUGGAGGGCUUUCUUCACUGAGGAACCGCGUCCAGAUUUGGGGUGAAAAUUGAAACUGGAGAGCAGCAUUGGGGACGGCAAAGCCAGGAGCAUGGAAGGACUCAUUAAUCAGGAUCCAGAACUGCCACUGAUGAGAACUCUGCGAAGUGGGGCACAUUCUUCCCCUAGGCGCCUCCAAUCAAGCUUUAGAACUCACCACUCUACUGAAACUGCUCUUGUUUAAUCACUGAUGACCUCCACAUUGCUAAAUCCAAAUCAGUUCCUGUUCAUCAUCUCAUGUGACCCAUCAACAGAAUUUGCUACAGUUGAUCACUCCCUCCUCCUUGAAAGUUUCCCCAUGUGGACUCCAGGAUACUACACUCUUCAGGUUUUCUUUUUUCACACUGGCUGCUUCAGCUAAGACUCCUUUGAGGGUUUCUCUUAAUCACCUGACCAGGAAUCACUGGAGUGACUCAGGGCUAAGUCCUCAGACCCUUCUCUUCUCUCCCUACACUAUUUUGCCAAUCACAUCUUGUACAUGAUUUCAAAAAUCAUUUCUCCACUGCCAGCUCCCAGUUGGAUAUCUCCAUCCUAGACCUCUUCUCUAAACUCAACAUCUCUCUACUUAGAUAUGUAAUAGGCAUCUCAAAGUCAGCAAGUCCAAAAUUGUGCUCUUACCAUUCCUUUCAAAUCUGUUCUUCACAGAGUCUUCUCAAUAUCAGUAAAUGGCAACUCCACAUUUCAUUUGCCAAGGCCCCAAUCUUUGGGAUCAAUUUUUCUCCUUCUCUCCUAACCUGCUUUCAAUCCAUCACCAAGCACUGCUCACUGUACCUUUAAAAUAAAUCUAUAAUCCAAGCAUUUUGUACUCCCUUCAUUUCUAUCAAGUUAAUCCAAGCCAUCAUCAUUUUUUGAAUGAAUGAUCAUAACAAGCUUCUAGCUAGUAUUCUAAUUUCUGCCUUUGUCUCCCCAACAGUUUAUUAUCAAUAUAUCUGCCUUAAGAAGCAUAAAUUCCAAUAUGUCACUCUUCUAUAUAAACUCUCCAGUGGCUUCUCAUCUCACUCACAGUAAAAGCUGAAGUCCUUAUAUUGAUCUACAUAAUCUGGUCUUGGUUAUGUCUCUGUGGUCAACUUUGCUGGUUGCUCCAUUCUCGUUAUAUUAGCCACUCUGCUUUUCUCAUACUCCAUGAAUAAUCUGCCUUCAAAAGCUUUUGCAGUCGUUUCUCUCUACAUAACAAUUUUCUACCAUAAAUGCACAUGACUGGAUUUCUGUCUGUUUCUACUGAAGUAUAAAUAGCCUGAUUCUCAGUGAAACAUUUCCUGGCCACCAUAUUUAAAAUUCCAUUCCCUAUACCUCUUAUUUCCUUUAUUUUUCUCUAUACAGUAACUCCCAUCAAUAUCUAGCUUACUAUAUAUUUUACUUGUUUAUUUUAUCUAUUAUAUA